AGGAGCUGACCGCCGUGGAGAAGGGGGAGCGCCCAGGCCUGUGGCUCGCCGCCGCCAACUCCCCGAUUCACGCUGUGGUCAGUGGAGAAGCGGCCGCCGUGGACGCCCUCCAUGCCGAGUUGGAGAAAGCCGGCAGGAAGAGCACCAAGCUCCGCAUCGACAAGGCAUUCCACUCGGGCCUCAUUGCCAAGGCGGCGGACACGCUGCAAGGCCUGGGGGAGCCGAUAGAGGGCAAGGGCGCGACGCUGCCGAUAGCCUCGAACCUCACCGGGGGCUGGAUGAGCGCCGCGCAGCUGAGGGACGGGGACUACUGGGUGAAGCACAUGCGCGGAACAGUGCGGUGGCGGGAGAACGCCGAGAAGCUGCUGGCCCAGUGGAAGCCAGCGGCGGUCCUCGAGGUCGGGCCGAUGAACAGCCUGAGCACGCUGACCAAGAAGUGCGUGGCGGCUGGCGCCGUGGCCCCCGAGUUCGUGCAGGCGAUGCGGCACCCCAAGUCGGCGACCCACGACGUCGCGGCCUUCCUGCAGUCGCUCGCGAGGCUGUGGGAGCUGGGGUGCUCAGUCGACUGGUCCGCGCUGCACACCACAGUGCUGGGCUCACCGGAGCGGAGCCCGCCGCGUCAGCUGCGGCUGCCCGGCUACUCGUUCGAGCCGACGUCGCUCUGGGUGAACCCGGAGAGCUCGCCGUACGUGGACAGCUGCGAGGACCCAAUGCCCGCUGGCUGCGUCCGCGGCGCCCCCGCCGCGGCGGCGGCCCAGGCGCCCCCGCCGCGCGCGCUCGUGCGCUUCGGGGACCCGCGGGAGCGGGAGCCGCAGGUCCGCGCCUACUGCCUGCCGUUCGCCAGCGGUUCUGCCACCGUCUUCGCGCCCUGGGCCGCGGUGCAGGACGACGCCGUCGAGGUCGUGGCCGUCGAGCUGCCCGGCCGCGGCGGGCGCUCCGAGGAGGCCAUGCCGAGCAACGACGAGGAGGACGGCCAGAUGGUGGAGGCGCUGUGCGCUGCCAUCCUCGCGGACGUGGGUGGCGCGCAGUACGUGCUCGUGGGCUUCUCUAUGGGCGCCGGGGGGGGCAUGCUCGCUGCCCUCUGGGAGUCGUGGACCGGCACCUCCGCCAGCUCCAGCUCGACCGCGCCCGCCGGGGCGGCCCGCGCGGCCCAGCUCGGCGAGGGCCUGGCAGGUCCGUCGCUCUCCGGCUGUGCGGAGGUCGACGCGCCCGCCAGUAUGGCCGGCAGGCUGCUGAAGAUGCGGCAGCAGCGCGCCCGGGCGCUGCAGAGGCAGCAGGGCCGCUCGGCGGGGGUCGCCACAGGCCCUAUGGUCCGGGCCACGGACCCUCCAGAGGCUGGGCGGCUGUGGCGCCAGGUCGGGUCCAUCGAGCUCGCUACGGAGGCGGAGCUCGCGAAGCGCAAGGACGGUCCAGUGGCGCCGAACGCUCGGUUGACGGAGAUUUGCGAGGCGACCCUAAAGGUGCCAGAGAGGGGCGCCGACGCAUGGGGGCACCUCGUCACCAUCUUCCAGUCGGGCGCCAUCAUCGCGAGCGGCGGCUCUGAGAUCGCUAGCGAGAAGGAAGCGAGGUGGCGCUACUGCAGGAACAUCACCAGCAAGGGCGACCUCUGCAUCUGCGGCAGCAGCCUCGGCAACCUCGUGCCCGCGGGCCACGUCUACAAGGACGACGAUGGAGGAGCGCUGGCAGCCAAGCCACAGGGCGGAGGAACGCCAAGGCUCACUUGGGCUGAUGGCUGGCAGCCAGGAGGCAGCGCAGGAGGUGGCGACAAAGCAGGUCAGCGUGACCAAAUGGUCAGCUUCCAGGCCGCCGCAGCCGCAGCCUACAACAAGCUCAGCAAGGAUGACCCGCUCAGGGCCCACUACGAGGCGCUCUGGCCAGACCAGGCCGCGGUAAAGCCGACCACCGCAGAACCAGUCGGUUUCAAGGCAGUGGAAGCCGCCGCCAGAAGACUGGACAAGCUCCAGAAAAAGGUGCGAGCAGCAGGAGAGCAGGUGGAAAGCGCCAAGCAGUACCUGGUGGAGAGCGAACGCAAGCUUCAUGACGCCAUGGCAGCAUCCAUCGUCGCGGAGGAAAAGUUCGACACGCUCAAGGCCCAGGUCGGAAAGCCCGAAGUGCCAGCAGCAGAACAUGUUGGAGCAGAGAAGACGGCACUGGCAUCCCUCCUGGAGCAUUUCGAGAAAGAGCCAGACGACUUCCACAAGUGGGCAGGACCUGACAAAGAAGCCCGGCGAGCAGCAAAAGCAAAAGGCGAGGCGAUGGCGCAGAAAGUCAAGGAGCACGAGGAGGAGGCGGCAAAGCACUUGCGGUACUUGGAGGAGGAGACUGCCAAGCACCAGGAGCAGCUGCGCCUCCUCGAGCAAGCGCGCACAAAGCGCCAGCUGACACAGCCGAAGAAGCCAAAGUUGGAGCAGACAAAGCAGCAGUUCGACGCGCCCGAGUGGACACACACGUCCAGCAAGCACGAGAAAAGGUUGCGCAGGCUAAGAGGGCGGACGAGGUGGUUGUGGAAGGGGCAGGAGAAGCCCCGUCGGGGUAGUCGGCUGCAGGCGGGCGCGAAGAAGGCUCGCCGCCAGUUCAAUGUGGACUUCUUCAACAUCACGACCUGGGGCCCGCAGGCCCAGGACUACCUCAAGGAGAUCAGCAGCACCAAGGACAGGGACAUCAUCGGCAUAGCGGAGCACCACCUCCGCCAGCCAUUGCCGAUCAGCAAGGCGCGAGCUGCGCUGCGACGGCAUGGCCUGCGCAGCUACUGGACUCGAGCACGGCCAGGUGAAGGCGAAGGCACACGAGGAGGCACAUGCGCCAUCGCCAGAGGCUCGCUCGACGUACAGGACAGGCUCGCAGGCUUUAAGGACAACUACCUCAACGAGGAGGGCAGCGACAUCACGGUCGUGACCGCCCACCUUCGCCAAGUGCGCUUCGCGGUAGCCUUCCUCUACCUGGAGUGCGGCAAGGGCCUCAGCGACAGGAAUAUGGACAUCCUCUGCGACCUGAGAGAGAAGAUGGCAGUCUGGGGAGGCCCCUGGGCAGCGAUGGGUGAUUUCAAUAUUACGCCGUCGGAGUUCAAUGACAGCACGUGGCCCAGGGCGCUGAAUGCGCAAGUGGUGGCUGCAGCAGGAGGAGCGCCAACGUGCUUUCCAGCAGAAGGCGCGGCGCGCUGCCUUGACUACGCGCUGGUCUCGCAGGGCCUAGCCCCCUACUUCGACGGCGUGGAGUUGUUAAGAAAGGAGGUCCAGCACGUGGUCGCAGAUGAGCUUUGGCACGCUGCAGCCGAGCAGGUAAGAGUGAAGGUGCGAGAGGAACUCCCGCCACACCUGCAAGGCACCGUCAUCAGCAAGCUCAUGGAGCAGGACAUGCUGGAGUUGGGGCAGCAGUGCGACCUCUUCGCGGGAACCCUGGAGCUCAGCAUGUGCGAGAGCAUCGGCAUCCCAGUGGACGAGCGCGGCAAGCACAUGGGCCAUGGCCGCCCCCCGACGUUCAAGAGCGUCAGCAUCGAGGACACGGUCUCAGCCAUCCCAUGGGCAGGAGUGGAGCGCAAGAUCCACGCCUGGUGGUCGGAGGUUGCCUCGCUCGUUCGCCAACCUUCGCAUCAUGACGCAUAUGCCCUGGAGGCUGCGGUGAAAGGCCAGGUGCAGAGCCAGCAGCACCAGGCAGUGCGAACAGGACGGAGCACCAUGGACAUGGAUGACCAUGACCCCUUCCAGGACGAGGAGCACUGGGAGGACAGCGACCAGCAGCCCGCAGACAAGCAGGACCAUGAGCAUAACCACCAGCAGAUCCCAGAUGACCAGGACAGCAUCGGGUACCACGAGCGGAUCCUAGACGACCAGGACAACAACGGGAACCAGUCGCAGAGGGAGAACGCCGAAGGGGACAAUGGUGAAGGCCCCCAGCACACCUCAGACAAGCAGGACAGCGAGGACUACCACCAGCAGAUCCUAAACCAGCAGGAGAGCAUCAAGGGCCACCAGGGCAUUCGUCGCCAUGCUGGAGGAUCAGGAAAUACUGCCCCAGGUGGCGCGCACAGCUCACCCCCGCAGCCAGGUGGCGAUUCGGGGGCAGAGGGUACCGACCACCAAGGGGAUCAGAAAGAACAGCCAAGCGACAUGGACCUUCCCCCACCAGACCUCUGGAAUGAUGAACGUCACCAGAGGGAACGCGAAGAAUUUGUGAGCAUGAGAGAUGACCUGGAGAGGUGGGCCGCAAUCUGGAUGGACGGCCUGAGUCAGGCACCAGUGGACAACACCAACUGGAUGGAAUGGUGCCCGCCCUUCCUGGAGGAGGUCUUCGCAAACGGCGGCAACAUCGGCCUGGAGCGGCUCCUCAGGCGCUGGCAACCCCGCGCCAGCUUCGGCGAUAUCCUCAGGGACCUCUGCGAGCGAGCGUGGCGGCAGGCAGCCCCGCGCCGUCAAGUACUCCUCACAGGCCUAGCAGAGCUGGAGCCUAUGAGGAGAUACGAACUGGAGAUGAUGCAUUGGCGGGAGCUCGCAGCGCUGAGGCAGAUGAUGAGGGAGGCGCUAGGACAGAGGAGUCGGCCACCGCAGCAGUUCCGCAACCAGAGCGGUCACCGCACGCUGCAGCAGGCCCACGCGCGUCGACAGCUCGCAUGCCAGCCCCAACAACCAGACUGCGGCAGGCACAACGAAGAGGGCGAGGCCAAGGAACGUCAGCAUAACCUCCUGGCGACGCUUGGGAGGACUGCCGAGGGAGCCCUGGUGGACCCAGCCACUUGCCACCAGGUCGCUGAAGAAGUCAGGAGCGCAGCCAAUAACCUCACCAGGGCGGUGAAGAGAGCGUACAUCCACUGGGUCCACGACGCCAUGGCAGGCAGCGCCAAGACGGCCCACGCCUACACCAAGGACAUCCUAGAGCACGAGGGCCAGGUGGACUCGCACCCGCAGCAGCUGGUGGACCUGCGCAAGGGCGCGUGGCAGCGAAGAUGGACGCGUGAUGUGCACAAGGCAGACCAGAUCCAGGGCGCACUGGGCAAGCUGAGGAGGGCAGCGUUAGUGCAAGAGAAUGCGCCCGAGCCGCUCAGCAAGGACAUCGUCGGCUCCAUCAUCCAGCACCUGAAGCGCAAAGCGGGCCAGGGAGCUGAUUGGUGGAGAGCGCCAGAACUAAAGGCCAUGGGCGCCCAGGGGCUCAUGGAUUUCGCGCAGUGCCUCCACAACUGCGAGAAGCGAGCGGCGUGGCCAUGA